CAAACAUGGCUGGUCCUUCGCCAGUUGACAGCUUCUAUGCGACUUUUCCAAGACUUAGAUCUGUUGUGUAUCGAAGUACAUCGUUGUUGGCUUUGAUUCUUUUUUUUCUCACAUAUCAAAUGGCCAUUGUGGAAUUCUUAAUCGACGAACAGGAGAAGGGUGUCUGUAGUUCGACGACGAACUGCCUAGUAUACAGAAGCGUUGAUAUUCUGGUGCCGAUCAAUUCAAGUCAACCGAUAAAAUCUAACGAGACUAGUACUGACUCUGUAGAGAAAGUUAUACUUAUCCUCGACACAACACAGGCAGUCAGCAUGUUGUUGGGAACCUUGAUCUUAGGACUUGCUGCAGAUGCCAGUGGCAGACUGAAGACUCUCCUUGCUUCUGUUUUCGUGAUUUUUAUCGCAGGGAUAGCGAGUUCUCUUGCUUUUCACUUUCUUUGGAUAUUUAUUUUUCUGCGUGGUGUGGUUGGAUUUGCAGCAGCCGGCGCCAUUCAAAUCACCUUGAUUCUGGGGGCUGAAUACGUCAGUUCUAGACAUCGACCAACCUGUCUAUUAUGUUUUUGGGUCACCACUACUCUGGCCUACAUGUCAGCAGCUGGGAUCGCCUAUGCGCUGCAAAAUAUUCAAAUGUUGAUUCUUGGAAUGACGCUUCCGUUACUACUCACCUUUCUGCUGUGGAAGUUCGCUCCAGAAUCUCCCCGUUGGCUUCUACUUAAUUCCUCCUCAGAUGAGGAAACAAACGAGGCGCAGGUGUUGUUGGAGCAAGCAGUUAGCGAAGGGCAAAGGAAAACUUCAAAGUUUAGAAAGUGUUCAUCGUUGUGGAGAAAAUUUUAUACCCCACCAAACGUGGAGUCAAACAACGGAUGCUGCGCUCUUCUUAGACGCAAAAAUCCUCGAAAAAAAACAAUUGUGUUGGCGUUUGCUUGGUUUGCCUUGGGCGUAUUGUACCGAGGACUGAACAUAAGUUCUAUUCAGCUUCUUCCGAAUUUCUACAAGAACUAUGCAGUGCGAGAAAUUAUCCACUUGCUGGGAGUUGCUCUCUUCUUCUUUAUGGUCACGAGAGUCGGUCGACGUGCAUGGACGGCUCUUUCCAUGCUGUUCGCCGGUGUUUUCUGUUUGCUGUUCUCUCUUGCUUCUCGUGAAUUUUUGAAAGCAGAGCGUCAUGCAGUGACACUGGUGAUUCAGUUAAUAGGCCGUGUAUGUAUGAUGGCUUCCCAGGCUUCGCUCAAUUUAUAUUCAUUUGAAUUGUUCCCGACAGUAGGCAGAUGUUCGGCCGUUUGCUUGGUAUUUUGUUUUGCCUACUUGGGCGAAGCGCUGGCUCCGCUGAUCAUGAAGCUCCAACUGCAGACGCAAGCCGUGGUGCCGCUCGGCGUGAUGGGAUUCCUCUCUCUGACAGCUAGUCUUCUGUGUCAAUGUUGUCUUCCCAAAACGAAAGGCAGGGAAUUUGAGACCUUUGAAGAUAGCUCGGAAAUGGAUGGUUUAAAAGAGCGGAGUCCAAAAUUUUAUCGAAAAAGGAAGACGAAUUGCAAAACACAGCAAGUUGAAAUGACAGAAAGUACUGAAAGCACAGUCAAUGACGCGAGCAGCGACGAAUUCGCGAAACUUCGUCAUAGUUGGGAGGUAUCGUUUGAUCGCAAGUCUCGGAACUCACGGUGGGAGAUACUGAGUUACGAAGAUGCUAAAAGGAAAACUCACUCCAUCUCUAUCCAUCAAAACCUUGACGAAGAAUCUCACAUAUUGUCUGAAGAAGAUAUUGAUAAGCUGGCCUGUCAUCUCCCAUCAACCACAAUGGUCUUGGCUUACAGCACAUUUCUACAUGGCAUGAGCCUUCAGACAUUGUAUCAUCGGGUCAGAGGUGUUGAAACUCCUGUUCUCCUUGUAAUCGAGGAUAGCAAUGGCUUUGUUUUUGGUGUGUUUUCUCCGACGGCACCCAUGAUUGGUCCUGAUAAAUUCCUUGGUGUUGGAAAAUCAUUUUUCUUCACUUGUAAACCGAAAUACAUGAUCUAUCCAUGCUCUGGAAAGAAUUCGUAUUAUUUGACAGGGGACACCACAAACCUUGCAUUCGGAUGUAGCGAGGGAACAUUUGGCCUGUGGCUGGACAGUGAACUUUAUCAUGGUAGAAGCACUGCGUGCGAUACUUACGACAGUGAAAUGCUUUCCGCGACAGAGGACUUCAUUUGUAUCGGAGUGGAAGUCUGGGCAUUUGCCUAAGUAUGGCGUCACUAACAUGCCCGUCACGCCACCAACACGGUGUCACGCACAAUGGCCGUUCUAGCUGCCACACAUCAGAAAUAUAUCAAUCACAAUCACUAAACAUUAGAAAGAAACCUUUGGAUGGAUCUUUGAAUUAAUUUGACCACGAUUUGACAAAAACCAUUUAUUGACCCGCACAAAAAAUGGAAAGAAUAGCAGUGUACUUACAUGCGUGUGUUUUCUAAAAAAGUACGAAACAACAUCAAAUUUAUAUAGGUACAGCCUUGAAGCAACUGUCAGUCAAAUUAACAAAUAAAGAUAAAUGAAGAAAUUAAUAGACAAAAAAUGUAAUUAUCGCGAUUUAUAUCAUAUAAAACUGAUCAGAAAAUGCUCCAGAAAUAUUUCCUAUACAGUGAAACAUUAUUAUUUCCUAUACAGUGAAACAUAUUUCCUAUACAGAAAUAUUACACUAUACAGUGGAACCUCGAUUUAACGAACCUUUAUAUAACGAAGUCCUCGGUAUAACGAACGAUACUUCAGUUUCAGCCCGACUAAAGUUACAGUAAAAUGCAUACCACAGAACCUGGAUGUAACGAACCCUCGAUAUAACGAACCAAUUUCCCCAGUCCUUUGGCACUUCGUUAAAUCGAGGUUCCACUGUAUUAGUUUUAAGUCCACUUGUGUCGAUGUGUUUCUAAACGGAGAUUGUGUAACCAAGCCUGUUAGUAAGCUCUCUUUGGUGCUGCUUCAUUUCCGCUUUUUAGAUUGAGUCCCUCUUUCUAACGCGGUUAAGCACGCGUAUAUGCCACUUUCAUAAGUGGCUGCUGGAUUAAUAUUCUUUUGUUUAAAUUUAAAUUAGCCUUUCUGGCCUCGUUCUUCAGUACAAAA